AUGUUAUACAACGACACGUGCUUACGGAAACAAGCAAGGGCUUUACACAACAGUUACUGCACUUAUUGUUCUUUACAAAGUAACUUCGUCGAGUGUUCCUUCCUCCCGUACACGUGCCUUACCCUUGCAAUGUACACAUAUCUACUUAUCAUCACGAAAUUGGUGAGUUGUUACUCCUACGCGGGCUAUGAUCUAUUCCAAGGCUUCAAUGUUGAAGAUAUCGGCAGACGAGCCAACAUAAGUGUAACAACAACAUCGAUAAUUACUGCAAAUUCAACAAACGUGAACGGAAUGUCAAGAAAUGAUACAAUUAAAAAAACGAACCAAACUAAAUGCGUGGAAGAGGAACGACCUGAGAAUAUUGGUACAUUCGAAGUGCCUACACAGAGAGACAUAGUAACUAUGAUGAAAACUAUGUUACGUAAAUCGUUUACCGCACACCAUCAGAAAGUGCUCACUUUAGUCAAAGAUAUGAAACAGGCAACAAAAGCAGCGAAACUCGUAGAAAACACUUGCGAAAUAAAUAGUGUGCCGGCAUACAAAAAAUGUAUAGAUCAAGUCAGGGCGCAAAGUGAUACUGCUAUAAAGAAUCUAUUAGUUGAGGUUGAACAUCAAAAGGCAGCUGUAAAUUCUGUUACUGAGGAAAAAAUCUGUAGUAUAUCACUAAUGAAAUCGGAUCCGUUGGAACUCAUCGUCACGCUGGCACAAGAAAAUGUUUCAUUGGAUUUUGCGCUACCAGGAUUUCUCCGAUCGCUUAGUGCUUGCUCAUAUUACUGCUCACAAUAA